GAGUCGUGCGGAUGUGCUCCGUAUGGGCUCCCGAGUUCUUGGUCUUUUCCGAGCGACUUUCUGUACCAGCAGACCCGGACCUGCUCCCACAAGGUCACAGAGAGUGCCUGGAACCCUGCCGCUGUUUUUCGAGGCGCAAGACCCCUUUUUACCCCUUUAGGGGCACUUUCGUUCACCCGCCGCAGCUAGUCGAGCUGGGCCUACUUCAGGCCUAGCGCGAUUAGGGGCGCUAUCGGCGUCGCCGCCGGCCCCUCGAGCCGUCACCGACGCUGUCGCGAUGGAGUACGCCGUAGACGGAGAAGAAAUCUCCCCGGAGGAAUAUGAAGACCGAAGCCUAUGGAUACAGGCUGCCAUCAAAGCCCAUGAUCGAGCUCGCCCCAAGCAUGGGGACGCCAAUGCCCAACAGGAUGCGGCUAUGACACCGACAGACGCCACCGGCAAGGCCGCCCAGACCAGUGGGGUGAACGCAUCGAUAAGACGCCGCCCAUAUAAAAAGAAGCCGCUCCCGCGUCUGCCAGAGAGCGACUACAAGAUCGUACACCGGCCGAGAGGCGGACUUCGGCUCCGUGACCACACGGCCACUACACUACUGUACGCCCUGUGCCUGGACAUCGGAGUGAACUUUGGGGAAAUCAAGCAACACGACCAAGUAAGGAUCAAUCCUUUUAACAACUCCUUUACCGUGAGCACCCCUUCUAUGGAACGCGCAGGGAAAUACGCGGAAGUACAGCAUAUCAAAAUCCUAGACCAAGUCUAUUCGACGUGUGCAUACGUAGCGGCACCGGACAACAGCAUCAAGGGGAUUGCGUAUCACGUUCUAGAAGACCAAAGCCACGCCGAGAUCAUGGACGACAUCGUGAAGGUCAACCCACAGCUAGAGAUUGUGGACGCAAGAAGGAUGGGAAAAUCAUCAAAAGCCCUGCUCAUCACUUUCGCAAACACCAAGAGAGUCCCGGACUCCAUUCGAUUCGGCGGAGGAAUCCACAACUGCUACCUCUUCAGACCCAAAGUGGAAGCAUGCUACAACUGCAGAAGACCGGGACAUCGCUCGGACGUGUGUCCGGAAGAACGAAGAAAUCUCUGCUACAGGUGCGGCAAUGAGCAUCCGGUCCAAGACGAGCCCACGUGCACGCCGAGGUGCAUCCUGUGCAAGGGAGAACACUUCACGGGAUCCAACCAAUGCAAGAUCAGAUAUGAGAGACCGCCCGCCAAGGGAAACAAGAAACGAAGUGGCAAGCCUCAAGUGGAAUUUCAGCGACCGGAGGGACAGGGAGCGCAACCUGCGCACCCGACACAGCAGCAGCAACAGCGAGGCAGAAGCAGAUCAAGAAACCGAGCCCAGUGUAACGACCGAGGAAAACGAGACCGCUCGGAGUCCUACCCGGCGCUACCGAACGCCUGGCGGGAAGGAGCACCACAUCAGGUGAGCGGGACACCGCAAUCCUCCCACGAGAGUAAUGAAAUUAAGGAACUUAAAGCAAUCAUACAAAAACAGGAAAGAAUAAUUCAGGAACUAAUGAAGGCAAUAACGCAACAGCAGCAAGAAAGUAAAACACAUAUUGCUCAACAGCCCGCGAUCUUAACACAGGAACCGCGGAGGGCAUCCCUCCCCCCGUCAAACGCAUCCUCUACGGCACCGUCACCUGCAAGAGGGCCACCGGCAAAAAAGAGGUUGAUGGAAGACUCAGAGGAGCACGAAAAACGGAAUCACGAGGAAGUAAUGAGCCUAUUAAGAACAGUGGCCACGAGAUUAGAUAAAAUUGAGGAAAGGCAAAACAAUAUUGAAGCAAACAUAGAAGCACGCUUCACAGCUAUCAGAAACGAGACCAGGGAACAAUAUAAAACGUUAGCAGAACAAGUAAGAGUCCUUACAAACGCAGCAAAGGCUACAAACGAGCUAGUACAGAAACAUGACAGUCAACUGGUUAAGGUGAUGGGCAAACUCUUUUCGGCCCCAGGACCCAUGGCCUCCACCACAGCGCAAUCCAUCUCCCUCUCUAAAGCCAAUCAUGGGGAAGGGCCAGACAGAGAUAAGAAUAUGGCAAUGGAACUGUAGGAGCUUCCGCGGAAAGCGGGAGAACCUAGAGCUCCACAUUCAAAACCUUGAAAAAGAAAAAAUUCCCGAUGUCAUAGCCCUACAAGAAACCAGGAAAAAAGUAAAGGUUCGGGAUUAUAAAACAUAUGAAAAUGGCAAGGAAGAAAAACCGCUCACGGCCUUCUUGGUCCAUAGAAAUCUAACUGCAAUAGAGCACGAAAUUCAAUCGAACGGUGCAGACUGCCUCCUGAUAGAGGUCAUACCCCUAAAAAGAAGCGAGGCCCCGCUCUUCAUUCUAAACAUAUAUAGCACCCCCAAGGCGGAAUCCUCCCCCAUAAUAAAAGCCAUGAACGAAGCCAGAAAAAUCAGUAAAACGAAUCCCCUAAUAGUAGUCGGAGAUAUGAACGCACAACACAUGGCAUGGGGUUACAGAACAAAUUUUAAGAAGGGUACUAGCCUCUGGCAAUAUGUUCAGGACGAAGGAUACACGCUCCUGACAGAUCCGCUGGUGCCAACUAGGAUAGGGAACAGUGUGCAAGCUAACACAUGCCCUGACCUGACCCUAUGCAAAAACAUAGUAGAUGCACAAUGGCACAACACGAACGAAAACCUAGGGAGCGACCAUUACAUUAUAGAGACCACUAUACCCAGCAGUACGCUCAAGAAGGAAAGAAGAAGGGUGACACGAGUGGUAGACUGGGAUAAAUUCAGAGAAAGGAGACAGGGUAACGCAGAUGGCAAGAAGAUUGAAAACCUAAAUGAAUGGAUUAACAAACUAUUGAAAGACGCAGAGCACACCACUAAGACGAUAGAGACAGCAGCCGAAAACAAAGCCGCUGAUAGCAGAUUAUUACACAUGUGGCAGGCACAUAAUAGCUUACAAAAAAGAUGGUUGAAACAAAAACACAACAGAAAACUUAGAAUUAGAA